AUGCUUAGUAGGGUAUUUAGCAGAACGACGUUGAAUGCGUUAAGAAUGCACAACCAGCGCAGUAUACAAACUAAAUCUAAUCUUUUACCUAUUGUCAAUCCUACAAGAGCUACUGCAGUAGCUACACCAUCCCAAUCACAAUCACAAGGAAUGAAAGUUAGAUCCUCAGUCAAGAAAAUGUGCGACGGCUGCUCAAUAGUAAGAAGAAAAGCUAGACUUUAUGUAAUUUGCUCGAAAGAUCCAAAGCACAAGCAGCGUCAAGGAUAA